AUGGCUAUGAUUGUUGUUAGUAGUGUGGUGAUUCAAAAUAUGGUGAUUCCUAAGCUUAAAGAUCCGGGGAGUUUUUCUAUCCCUUGUCAGACAGGCACCAUGAAAUUUGAGAGAGCACUUUGUGACUUAGGGACCAGUGUUAGUCUGGUGCCCUUAUCAUUGUGCAAAAAGUUAGACAUGGGUGAGAUGAAACUGACAAUUGUCUCUCUGCAACUAGAAGAUAUAUCGGUCAAAUACCUAGUGGGUGUGUUAGAAGAUGUUCCAAUUAAAGUAGGAGAGUACUAUGUGCCUGUAGAAUUUGUCACCAUGGAGAUAGAAAACGAAUCGCAAUUCCUGAUACUCCUAGGUAGGGCAUUCCUAGCUAUGAUGGGGGCCAUCAUUGAUGUUAAGAGGGGGAAGUUUAAUUUUGAGGUAGGAUAA